AUGGACAGCCCCCAGAGACUGACUGACUCCCCCCUCCCCUCAUCUCCAGGCAAUGCGGUGAUGUUCAAGCCCUCUCCGUUGACGGCAGGGAUCCUGGCAGAGAUCUACGCCCAGACAGGCGUUCCCGGGGGUCUGUUCAACGUGGUGCAGGGCAGCGCCGAAACUGGCACCCUCCUGUGCCUGCACCCCGGCGUGGCAAAGGUGUCCUUCACUGGCAGUGUGCCCACUGGCAUCAAAGGGGCCACGGUGCUGUGCGGAGGUGAGCCAUAUGUGUCUGAAGAUCCCAAACUGAAGAACGGGUACUUCAUGUCCCCCUGCGUCCUGAGUAACUGCACUGACGAGAUGACGUGUGUAAAAGAGGAGAUCUUUGACCCAGUGAUGUCGGUCCUGCCCUUCGACACCGAGAAGGAGGUCCUGCAGAGAGCCAACAAUACCACCUUCGGACUGGCCUCUGGUGUCUUCACCAGGUACCACACUGCCCGGGCGGGCCUCUCUGCCAGAGCUCACUCAGCGCUCCUCUUAAACACAUUGUAAAACCCGGAAUGGAUCAAACUGCUCUGUAGGGAGUCUAAUUUCCAUCCCUGUGGUAGGGGCAUUUGUCUGUUUCUUCUUUGUCCUGGCUGGGCAAGGAAAUACUGCACAGGGAUGUUUGAGUUGCACCACCUCUUGUGGUGGUGUUGCUCUCAAAGGGAAGUGUUCAUUGAUCUAGAUGGUGGUGGUUUUUUUACUGGGAAUGCGUAAACCUUGCAUCGUCUGAGCAGAAACAGACAGGGUCGGGUCAAUCCCCAUUCUCUCUUUAUUCAGUUCUGUUAAAAUGAGCUUCUCAGACAGUGGCAACAAAUGACUUGGGCACUAUAAUUAAUUUAUAUUGGCUACAAAUGAAAGCAAUGCAACAAUCACAAUAGCAUCACUAAAAGAUUCCUUUUGAAGGGAUUGGAACUGACCCGACCCUGGAAAUAGUAAUAGUGGGUUACAGGUGGGAAUGGAGGCACAGGUAGUAGUAAAUUACACCGGUGGAAUUCCAGUGUUACAGAUCUGUAGGUUUUAAGGAGCCUCUCUCUUAAGAAGGUUGUAUCCUGCCUUUUGACCCCUGCUCCCUUCGCAGUUUUCAGGAGAGAGAACGGCACGGUAACCGUGGAGUAUUACUCACAGCUCAACACUGUCAUCGUGGAGAGUCCCUUCUAGAACCCGGAACCCUCUGCUCCCUCACUGUUCUGCAGUGCACUCUGAGCUGAGAGCUGUGAUUCCCAGCAGUCAUUCUGCAGACCAUAGCUGGGGAGUUAGCAGUAUUUUCUUACUCAUUUUCAUUCUUUUCCUUCAAUGUGAGAUAUUCCAGGGGCAGGUGCAGACUGCUGGGUAAUUCUAGAUAAAACUACAAUUACUAAAGUGUGUGUGUGUGUGUGUUUGUUUUUUUUUUUUUUUUUUUUUUUUUUUUUUUUUAUAUAUAAAGCCAGCGUAAUGAUCAAAAGAUACUCUGUGUAACUUUCUGUACUCUUGUGUGUUCUUACAUUUCUUUUUUGCAAGUAAGAAAUGUAUCCAUUUCAAACACAAACAUUCAAGCAGCUGCCACUGCUGUUAAUAAAAUGCAGCUGUGGUAAUAAAUAACCCAAAGUUUGAGUGUUGUAAUGACUAUUUGUUUAUGAGAGCAUUUAUACUUUUAAAUGGAGACAGUGCUGCACUGAUACAAGUUGAACUGCAACGACCAUGAGCAGCACAGCGUGCUUGCCAGAGGCACAGUCGCAAGGCACCUGCUUCGCCUACAUAUCAGAGUGGAAAAUGUGGACGUGAUAGAUUCU